AUGUUGUUCUAUCUGACGCUCCUUAUCCUCUGUGUUGGCUGUGGUCUCGGCAAUGUAGCACAGGGUUUAACGUUUGGUGUGAUUGGAGACUGGGGAUUAGGGGCAUAUGCAAAUGGGCAUUGUCCCGAGAUUAUCUCCACGCGGCGGUACACGGAACUGUGUGGACGACUUGGCUGCAACUUUACAAUUAGCGUAGGGGACAACUUCUACUGCAGCGACGUGGCGUUCUGCAUUCGACAUUCGUUCGAAGAGGCGAUGAAGGACGUGCCUGGCCCGUUCUUUCCAUGUACGGGUAACCAUGACAAUGUAAAUGCACAGAUUCAAUACUCGAAGCGAAACCCUCGAUGGUAUUGGCCGAGUCGUUACUACACCGUGAAGCUUCCGAUUGAUGACACGGGCCACACCGUGCAGUUGUUUGCCUUGGAUUCGCUUGAUUAUUCACUAUGGAAGGGUAGGCAACAUGAUUGGUUGGUAGAAGAAUUAAAGCGAAGCAAUGCUCGAUGGAAAAUUAUUUUUGGUCACUAUCCCACUACCGGGAGUGGAAGACACAAACGGGUGGGCUCGGUGGGAGGGAUUAACCAGCUAAUGAGUCAAUUUAACGUGCAGGCAUAUUUUAGCGGCCAUGAUCACAUUGUAGAGGUAAAUAAUAUAGAGGGGCGUGUGUUGGCUCUAAGUGGUGGGAUGUCACGUGGCGCACUAAUGGCGUACGCCACCGGCGGGAAGGCAAGAAAAUUUACACUUACCAGUCCAAGUGAGUACAGCCCGUAUAAGCAAGCGUGGCCCAGUCAUGGGUUUAUAACAGUGGACUUGGCUCCAAAUACGAUGAACUUAAAUGUCUGGGACUCUGCCGGGGGUAUGCACUAUGAGUUUGUGGUGACGCAUGACUGGAUGCAAAAAGUCAUGGAGCUGCCACCUGCCGCUCGGCAUACGUGGCCACCCCCGGAUGUAGUGCUGCAAGCUAUGAAGGAUGAACAUGCACUACCCCGCGGUCCAGGCGGGGGGACUGUUUUUUUUGCCAAUGGGACGCGUGUAACACUUCCAGGCGACAACGACGGCCGUGGGGGACGGGACUCCACUGGGACACCGUCAGGCUAUUCUGCCGCCCCACCAACGCCUGUAUUGAAACUUCCACCCACACCUGUUCCUGAUUACAUCCAAUACGCCGUCUUCACUGAAUGUGAGAUGUGCAAUAAGAAGUUCCGCGCAGGAAAGCGAUUCACACUACGUAUUAAUGGUGAAACCCUUUCCCUAAACCAUCGAUUGUACCUGACGGAUCGGUCGGAUGGCUGCGAUGACGCCCAUCGGGGAAAUCAUGUUUUGCCUGGGACACGCAUUGAAACUCCUCUCUUCAAUACCCUUCUCUUGAACGUGACACGUGUGGUGGAGCGUGUCUAUGUCUGCCUUAGUGUAGAUGCCGGUGCCACCUAUAGUAGGCUUCUCCGUGAGGAUACCGUGGAGGAGUUGUACACGUUCUCUAUCACAGCUCUCUAA